GAAUUGUAUUCAUUCGUUGAAAAUUCUACAAGAUUUGAAGCUCCAAACCUAUUGAAAAAUCAAUAGGUAGUCCCCAUUUAAAAACGUGAGCUUAACUGUCCUAUUAUAUAAGCGAUCGAUCACAUUUUGACGUGCAAAGCGACGCGAAAUUCUAGCUCCGGCCUUCCACCAGGCUUCGAUCGGCGACGGCGACAUGGCAGGCGGCACGGGCAUCGGCGCGGACGAGCAAGAGCUUCCUCUGUUCCACCCUUCCCCGUGCGCCUACUACGUGCAGAGCCCCUCCGCCGCGUCGCACACGCUCAGCCACCCGGCGUCGGAGUCCACGGCGAUCAUCCUCUCCCCGUUCCCCGACGCCGCGUUCGCCGCCCCGCGCCACUCCCGCGUAGUCGACGACGCCACCGCGCACGACAACGACGUCGACCAGGAGGCGUCCCGCCUCACCCUGUCCCGCUACUCCUCCUCCCGCGGCUCCAACAACUCCUUCCUCGCCGCCGACAAGAAGCUGCCUGCCGGCGGCGGCCACCGGGGCCGGCAGGUGCUGUCGGGGCGGUCAGGCGGCGGCGUCGACGAGGAGGAGGAGGACGACAGCGAGGGUGCGAGGAGCGGGGCGUGGAGGUACGUGAAGCUGGACCCGGACGCCCCCUGCUGCUGCAUCGUGUUCCAGGUGGCGUGGAGGGUGGCCGUCAGCGUGGCGUUCGCGCUGCUCGUCUUCUUCGUCGCCACCAAGCCCCGCGACCCCGGCGUCACCUUCAAGGUCGGCAAGAUCCAGCAGUUCAGCCUCGGCGAAGGCCUGGACGGCUCGGGCGUGAUCACCAGCUUCCUCAGCUGCAACCUCACCGUCGCCAUGGCCGUCGACAACCACUCCAGGGUGUUCACCCUGCACGUCCGCCCGCCGCGCCUCGACAUGUCGUUCGGCCGCUUCACCUUCGCCACCUCGCAGGGGGUGGAGGAGGAGGGGUCCUCCUACGACGUCGGGGCGCGGGGCAAGAGGACGGUGAGGCUGUUCGUGGCGGCGGAGGGGAAGCCGAUGUACGCGGCGGGGCGCGGCAUGCAGGACCUGCUCGAGUCCGGCGGCGGGCUGCCGCUCGCCGUCACGGUGAGGGCGCGGUCUCGGUACAGGAUGGUGGGGAGCCUGGUGAGGCUGAGCUACCGCCACGACGCCCAGUGCGUCGUGCGCCUCAGGAGGACGCCGCGGCGGAACAACGCCAUCGACGCCAGCGGCUACACCUGCUCCGCCAUAAGAUAGAUAGAUAUAUAUGCCCUCCUCUAUGUGUUUAUGCAGAACGUACACGGUUAAUUAUGGCUGGUGCAAUUUUUCCCUAUAAUCUGAUUGCAUAAAUUACAAGUGAA